AGUAAGGACUUAUCGCGCGGCUUAUUCCCGCUGCCGGCGCCUUCCUUAAACCGCCUGUAAAACCCGUAAAUCUUUGACAUUGACCGCGAGUCCCCCUUACUGCUGCUUCGUCACUAUCAAGACUUUCAAUGGCUUUUUGUAAACGUAUCGCCCAAUGUGGUCGUCAAAAUUUUAAUGUUUCUUUAUUUUAUUUUUGGUACAGUUAUACCUUGGCAUUGUGCUGGCAAUUGUUGUCGUUGUAACUGGUUGCUUCUCGUACUAUCAGGAAGCAAAAAGCUCAAAGAUCAUGGAAAGCUUCAAGAACAUGGUUCCUCUGGAAGCUACUAUACUUCGAGAUGGAGUUAAAGUAAAGAAAAAUUCACAGGAGGUGGUUGUUGGAGACAUAAUCUUCAUUGCUUUUGGCGACCGAAUUCCAGCAGAUGUUAGGGUGUUGGAAUCAAAAGGAUUCAAGGUUGACAACUCAUCCCUGACUGGGGAAUCUGAGCCCCAAGCACGUGGCCCAGAAUGCACCAAUCAAAACCCAUUGGAAACCAAAAACCUUGGUUUCUUUUCGACCAAUGCUGUGGAAGGCACUUGCACUGGGCUUGUUAUCCAAACAGGGGAUUCUACUGUAAUGGGACGCAUCGCUAAUCUCGCUAGUGGUCUUGAUACUGGCAAGACACCCAUUGCUGUUGAGAUCUCCCACUUUAUUCACAUUGUCACUGGAGUGGCUGUUUCACUGGGUGUCUCAUUCUUCGUCAUCUCUUUAAUCCUACACUACACGUGGCUUGAAGCAGUCAUCUUUUUGAUUGGCAUCAUCGUGGCUAAUGUUCCAGAGGGCCUUUUAGCUACCGUAACGGUAUGCUUGACCCUGACUGCUAAACGCAUGGCCUCCAAGAACUGCUUGGUGAAGAAUCUUGAAGCCGUUGAAACUCUUGGUAGUACAUCAACCAUCUGUUCGGAUAAAACUGGUACGCUCACCCAGAACAGGAUGACUGUUGCUCACAUGUGGUUCGAUAACAAGAUCGUUGAAGCAGACACAACAGAAGAUCAAAGUGGAGUAGUAAUGGACAAGUCCGACACUUGGUAUGCCCUCUGUCGUAUCGCAGGACUGUGCAACAGAGCAGAAUUCGCUGUUGAAGCUGAAGAUAAGCCGGUUUUAAAACGUGAUACCAUGGGUGGAAAUGCAUCAGAGGCAGCUCUUCUCAAGUGUGUUGAGCUACAAGUUGGUAACGUUCAUCAUAUGAGAGAGAAAAACCCAAUGGUUGCAGAGAUUCCUUUUAAUUCUACCAACAAAUACCACAUAACCAUCCACGAGAUUGACGAUCCAGAGGAAAACAGUCACAUCUUACUCAUUAAGGGCGCUCCGGAGCGCGUCCUUGAUCGCUGUAGUACAAUUCUUUUAGAAGGAAAAGAACAGCCACUAGAGGACGACAUGAAAGAAGCUUUUGAAGAGGCUUAUUUGAAUCUUGGUGGUCUAGGUGAACGUGUGCUUGGCUUUGGACAUUAUUUUUUGUCUAAGGAAAAAUACCCAAAGGGCUUUGAAUUUGCAACAGAUGACCCUGUUAAUUUUCCGUUGGAGAACCUCUGCUUUGUUGGCCUUAUGUCUAUGAUCGACCCUCCUAGAGCUGCUGUGCCUGAUGCUGUCAGCAAAUGUCGUGGGGCUGGUAUCAAGGUCAUUAUGGUUACUGGAGACCACCCUAUCACUGCUAAGGCCAUUGCACGUGGCGUCGGUAUUAUCUCUGAAGAUACCGAAACAGUAGAGGACAUUUCCAUUAGACUAAAUAUUCCCGUCGAAGAGGUUAAUCCAAAGGAUGCCAAGGCGAUUGUUGUUCACGGUGGAGAACUCAAGAACAUUGAGCAAGGGCACCUAGACGACAUCCUUAGGGACCACACAGAGAUCGUGUUUGCACGUACUUCACCUCAGCAAAAGCUGAUCAUUGUUGAGGGUUGCCAGAGAAUGGGUGCUAUUGUUGCUGUGACUGGCGAUGGUGUUAAUGAUUCUCCUGCCUUGAAGAGAGCUGAUAUUGGUGUUGCCAUGGGAAUAGCUGGUUCAGAUGUGUCUAAACAAGCUGCUGACAUGAUUCUCCUGGAUGACAAUUUUGCUUCCAUUGUUACUGGAGUYGAGGAAGGUCGCUUGAUCUUUGAUAACUUGAAGAAGUCCAUCGCCUACACUCUGACUAGUAACAUCCCUGAGAUCACACCAUUCUUGAUGUUCAUUGUGGUUGGUAUUCCUCAGCCACUUGGAGUGGUUACCAUUUUAUGCAUUGAUCUUGGGACUGAUAUGGUACCAGCCAUCUCCCUUGCUUAUGAAGCACCUGAAAGUGACAUCAUGAAACGAAGGCCCAGAGAUCCUAAGAAGGACAAACUUGUCAAUGAAAGGUUGAUUGCAAUGACUUAUGGACAGAUUGGCUUUAUUCAGGCUCUGGGUGGGUUCUUCACAUACUUCGUAAUCAUGGGUGAGAAUGGCUUCCUUCCUGAAAGGCUGAUAGGGAUCCGAAUUGAAUGGGAAGACAAGAACAAUCACGCAGUGCUGGAUAACUUUAACCAAGAAUGGAGUUACCAUCAGAGGAAAAUCCUCGAACACACGUGCCAUACGGCGUUCUUUAUCAGUAUUGUGGUCGUACAAUGGGCUGAUUUGAUUAUCUGCAAAACUAGAAAAAACUCCAUCAUCACACAAAAGAUGACAAACAACAAAUUGAACUUUGCCUUGAUAUUCGAGACGUUGUUGGCAAUCAUGCUUUCUUACACCCCUGGCCUAUCCCAUGGCUUAAAUAUGUAUCCACUCAAUGCAACGUGGUGGUUCCCAGCCAUGCCUUUCAGUUUACUAAUUUUCGUCUAUGACGAGAUCCGUCGAUAUUUCAUUCGUAAAUGGCCUGGAUGCUGGGUUGAGCAAGAGACCUAUUACUAGUUUGCUUUCGCCGCUACAUGAUAAAAUGGGUGUCGGCCAACAAGAUCAAGACACGACAUUUUGGAGGUAGAAGUAGACGUGCGAAUUUAUUUGGAAAGAAAAAAUAUUUUGAAU